AGCGUAUCAGUUUCAUUUAAGUCAAUACCCCAUUGUAAAUACCCGGUUAUAAACUUAUUACACGUCAGAUGUACUAAUACGCUCUUCCAUUUUCAGUGGACGACCAAGAAACUGAGCGAUGAACAAUAAAAUUCCUUCAGCUUUUUGCCAAAUCCUCGCCGUAUUGGCGAUUACAGUUUGUAUACAGACCAUCGAGGCGAGACAACAGACAUACCACAGGUGAGUUUCUCGAAGAAAAACAUCUCUCACGUAGACUUUACCUUUUUCCGGUCGAUCAUAAUGCUUGCGAUACCUAUAACUUUAAACAUUCCAACGCGAAAAAUCUAUAUAAUCACUUCUAGGUAUGUGUAUUAUCUCAAAAGUAAGAGUUGGAGAUUUCGAAUCGAGCGGAAUGAUCGCUAUUGUCUGAGAUAAUACUUCGUCUCAAAUAUUGAAACGAUAUUCAAUAACCUCUUCCUCACAUGCAUCAAAUUGGCCCCCUAAGGCACGACAUUUAUGGACUUAAAUCUCUAACUCAAUACUCUAAGAAUAGUGUUUUAUGCCAGCCUGAUAAGCAAACCGAAGUGUCGUUCAUAUCUAAAUCCCUAGUUUCAGUCUGUAAUGAAGGCCCCCGUAAGCGAUGCACAAGCUCUCAGAGAUCUGUCAUCAGCUUAUAAGCCUAUAAGCGAUUACUCAGUGACAUGUUUCAAUAGGCCUUACGCAUGUUUGCUACGAUUUUUUACCCUCAAGCCUGACUUUCAAGGUGGAAACUUCUAUUCUUAAUAGGAAAACAUUCCCUAUACACUGAUAUCAAAAGAAUUCCUACACUAAAACAGAUAACUGGCAAAAAUUCACAAAACUUUAAGCGCAACCGGGGCUUAGGGGUGAAUUUUCCUUAAAAUACGUCAUCGAGCAGAAGAGCUACUUUCUUCAAAUCUGAAUCUUAGACUUUUCACUUUUUAUGGCCCACACUGAUAAUAUGUUCAGAACUAUUGCAAGUUUGAGACUGUGGCAAAGUAUGCGGUACAUUUUGUUAACAUUCUAAACCAUUACGACCUUUGAACUCACUUCGAACGUGGGAAUGCUGAUUGACGCUUUUCGUAAAGCAUCAAGAUUUUAAAUAAGUAAAAUACAAUUAAAAUUUACAGUAUUAUUAAAUACCACAACUUACACUUUACUACAUAAAAGCCAAAUUUGGGUGGGAUCGUCGGGGUUAAGUGAAUCCGUACGUAAGUGCUCCUCGCGUGUACUCAUCGUCACGCAAUCCUCAUCACCAAUUAUUUGCCACGCUUUGUAGGAUUAUAGUUUACUCACUUAUCAUGUCCUACUAAACUGAACUGAAACAGAUAGAGAAGACUGUGCGUGUGCACAUGUGCGUGGAGUCGCCAUGUCUUCGCGCCGCCUGUGUGGCGAACGCUACAUAAAUUCAAGUCACGUUUAGACCUUCAGUCUUAUCUCUGUGGUUAUACAGCUGUUUCUGUUUCAUAGCUUGAUAUUAGAAAAGUCACGUUUUCUCUAUCAAAACCAGAAUUUAUUUUCCUAUUGUUUUCUAUCAUUCAUUUUAACUAUUUUUUAUCUUUUUUAUAAAUGUUAUUCUGAGAAUGUGGUCUUUCAUCAAAAUUAAUACUAAAUUUUUAACUCGUGAAUUGUGCGCAUGCGCAAGAGCGAGUUGUAGAUAUGAUGUGGAGAAUGGCACUCGCUCGCUCGCUCGAUUGGUCGAUUCCUUUUAACCUUUUUUUCGAUUUUAGGCUUUUGAGAGCAUUUGAUAGUUUUUGGCGAGUAAUAAACAAACGAAAUGGCGACCUUUGUUGCUAAGAAUAUCGGUGGGGUGAAAAAGAAGCCAAUGAUAAUCUUAAAAGAGUUUAUUUUUUUUCAUUAUGGUUUCAACGAGUGGCGCCAGCGACUGGCAGGCGUGCAAGGAUUCAGACUGAAAUAAGAGAACAACCUUCGUUUUUCAUAAAAUUGUAAUUUACAGUCCUUGAACUUGAUAACAAUCCGAAGAUUCAUUAAAAUAUAACUUACUCCGAAGCGGUCGGAGUUUACAGGUGUUCAAAAGCUUUUUCUGUCAUGGGGUGAGAUUGGGGAAAAAAUCGAUCAUUACAUUUCGUAUCGUGUGUUUAUUCUGUGUGAAGCAACGGAAGGUGUCGGCGACUGACGAAAUUACAGGUUAACACGAAAAUCAAAUAACACCUAAACAAAUAAUUUGGCGACCGAUUUUCAGUGAAUUUUUAAAGAACAAUUUUCUUUUAAGUUUCAAGACAGUUUGAAGAUUCAAAAUAAAUAUUACGUACUAAAAUGCGAAAGUUAUACACCACAAAAUUGAUAAAUAGGCCUGAAAGGAAAUUCUAUCUUGUUCUUGAUUUCAAGUUGCCUAGCACGUGACCAAAAUCUACCCAGGCGGAAAUCCAAAAUGACGGUGGCAGUCUUGGCUUAGUUAUAUUACUCAAAACUCGCUCCCGUUUGUCUCAUUUGAUAAAGCGGGAAUCAUUAAUGUUUUUAUUAAGACAGUAUGGCCUUGAUUUUCCAAUAUCUACAAUCAUAGACAAUAAAUUUCACUUUUCACCCACAUCUAAUUCCAAACUUUUCUUUUGAACCAGAAACAAAAAUGAUAUAUGUUUAAAACACAUGACAUCAUCCACCCUUGUCAAAUGUUAUAGCAUGAUCAUUUCAAUUGUAAUGCCUUCAUAUCCCAACGUUACUUUGUUUCUUUGCUGCGAACACUGAACUACUGCUCACACUCUAAAUAUGACAAUCAACCACAAAAUUCCCUAAACCAGAUAACAUUAAACAUAAUCCAAAAAAUCAUGUAAGUCAUCUGUCAAUUCAUGAGUUUGCUCACAGAGUAUUUCCUUUACUUACCAUUAAUUCAUUUGUCUCAUUCUUGGAUUUACUUAUGUACUUCUUUUUUUUUUUUUUUUUUUGGCACUGAUCCUCUGGGGAGUAAAAAGAGGUUCGAUCGAGGUCAAUAUCUCUGUCUUUCUUUUUUUUUUUCUUUCUUAUUUUUGAAUAUUAUCCAGACUUAUUUGUAUUGCGUUUCUUUCCUUUAUAGAGACCAAGUUUUGCAGGUCACUCCUAGAACAGAAAAGGACAUAAAAUUUCUGAAUAGUUUGCUGCACAGCGAAAACAACCUCACGGUGAUUUUACAAAAUUUUACUUGCUAGCGGGUUAAAAGGGGAAACUUUUUUUCUUUGAGGAAAUUGAAAUUCCCAUGUGCAACAGAUGUUUCCUCAUUGUUUGACGAAUGUUCACCCCAAUAAUAGAAUUUAUCUACUGAGCUGGGAAGCUGCAAGGUAGUAACAAUCCGUCAAAUAUUUUCGCUUUUGCCAGUUGUGACUAGGGAAUAUCAGGUGGUAUUCCUUGAUCGAUAUUUCCCAAUUUGGAACCUUACGUCCAGUACGAUAAAAGUUUUCCGCUCAAAGGCGUUUCAAUAUUUUAAAAGUUUCGCUGUUGUCACAGAGGAAGGAACAUUCAUGUUUAUUCAUAAAGAGAAGGGACAGCUGAGGAAUGAAAAUUCCACGCAAUUCAUGUUUUUUUUAUGUAUGUUGUUUGUAAAUGUACUACCGCAUGAAUAGUUACCAAAUUAGCAUUAAUAGCAUUGGUAUGGCUUGAAAAACAAAACGAAGCAGAACAAGGCAAAUUAAAAAAAAAACAACAACAACAACAAAACAGUUCAUGCAACGACGUCAAUGUAACGCGUGUACGGUCACAUGACAGUGGAAUUCACUGUAAAAUGUACAUAUCUCAGAGAAGCUAUUUUCUAUUUUGCAGUUAGACUUUUGGACCUACCCAAGCAAGCCUAGUAACCCUGUAGACAUCCAUGUGCCUCGCGGAAAACUCCGGGAAUUCAAACAUAUUCUAGCCAAACGAUCAAUCCCCUUCACGGUGAAGAUCAGAAACGUGCAAAGGCAGAUCAAAGUGGAAGGAAUGAGGCCCCGUUCUGUUUCAUUCAAUGGAGCAUUUCGUUCAUACGCUCAGGUGAGUUUGUCAAUGAUAUGAAAUGAUUUUAACGAUCACCAAUUUAAGAAUUUUCCUUAUUGGCAAACAAAUUCUCCUUGUAAACACGUUUUAACAAUGAUUCAAAAUUAUUCAUCCCCUUUUGGGUUGAAGAUCUGGAGUCGAAAGUUAUUCCCUGUAAAUACAUACACACGAUUUGUUCUCUUUUCAUAGAUUGUUCAUGAAAUGAAACGACUCGCACGCAUGAAUGAAAGCUUAGUGAAAGUAUUUAGUCUGGGCAAGACCUAUGAGAACCGAACAAUGUAUGGGAUAAGGGUAAGUGAUAAAACUGACAAAAUUAAUUGUAUGGCAAAUGUCACUGGUUACGUGUAGUUUUGCUACAAUGGUAACCGGAACGUGGCGUAAAAAGAUACUUCAUUAGCGGAACAAUAGCUCGACACAUAUGUUUUACAGUGCUCUUCAAAACAGUAGUGUCUAAUAAUGGUUACUUCAUGUUUUUCUAUUCUAAGAACGGGAGACCAGAAUUAAAUUUUCAUGUUCCAUUCUGAACUGAAUGCCGCCUCUACAUCAACGUGGGGAAGAUAGACAGCGCCCAUUGGUUCCUUGUGAUAUUUCCCUUUACUCUGAUAGGCCACUGUGAUUACAUUGGUUGUGCUUAUUCGACGCUCAAUUAAAAUGAGCCCUUUAAGAAUCUUACAAACUUAUAUAAUCUAAUGGGGAUAAUUGCUAUUCAGAUCUUAAGGGAGGAGAAGAGAUGAUAAAUAUAGUUCCUUGUAAAUUAGGCUCAUCCUUUAUCUUCUGCUCGUAGAUUUCAUCAAACGUUUCCAGCUCAAAUAAACCAGUUGUCUUCAUAAAUUGUGGAAUACAUGCGCGAGAAUGGAUUUCUGUUUCAUCGUGCAUGUAUGUCGCCAGAGAGGUGAGUCAAAUCAUGGAAUUUUCUUUAUGUUUUAAAAACCACUGUUUCAUGAAUCACGAUAAUCAUGAUUAAUUAAUUGUUUUCUCGAUAAUGCUUCUUGAAGCCGUUUUUCGUUUUCAUCAUGCAACAGCUAAUAAGGAGAUUGUUGAAGCAUGGGAUACAAUAUCCCAUUCAUCACGAGUCAAUUUGUGCUCUCUUUCCAAAGCAAGAAGUUACCAUAGUAAUAUCACAUCCCUCUGGAACCCACAACCACAGGUUAACCUUCACGUGCCUGUGAUGAUAAAUCGAUUGCGACUUCCUUUUUUAGAAUAAACAGCGUGGCAUAAAAAAUAAUGAACCCAAAGAGAUGAUGAAAUUUGGAGAGGAUUAGAAAGGAGAGAGAGACUCUAAAUGUCUUUGUUUUCAGCUCGUCUUGAAGUACUCGUCAGAGGAAUCAAUCCGGCUCUUAGUAGAUAGGUUAGAAUGGAUCAUAGUGCCAGUUGUGAAUGUGGAUGGAUAUAUUUACACUCACAAAGAGGUAAGUCAUGCUUACUGUGUACAGAUGAACUCAGGUUAACCCGUAGUUACAUAUCAUUACACAUAUUUAGAGACAAAGCAAUAUUUUUCUCUCGUAUACAGCUAUGACGAACUCUCGUUAGUAGGGAUGCUAAAUCUCCCCCCGAGGAUGUCCGCAAUAGCGGCAGUCGACUGUAUUCAUCUGGAAAGGACUGUGCGGCGAUUUAACUCGUAAAUCACAUAUUUAAAGUUAUGGUUUCUGUGUUUCGUUACAGGAUCGCUUGUGGAGAAAGAACAGAAGACCAAAUGGUAACUCAACCAAAUGCAUUGGAACGGACUUAAACAGGAAUUUCAAUUUUAGAUGGGCUAGUGAGUACUUCAGACCUUGUGUUUCAGUUCUGUUCAAUAGAGGUCAAUGUUCUUCGUUUGGCUCAAGUUAGAAAUUUACCUGCGCUAUAUUUAGGUUGGAGGAUUAUCCUCUUUGCCUUCGGCGUUGGUAGCACAGUGACGUAGAUGUGUUUCAGCUUUCCUUUCACAAAAGUCAAUUUUUUUUUCCUCUGGAGAAAAAUCAUGAUAAAAAAAACAUACCUAUUCGCUUCAAGCUGCGGCAACGUCGAUGAGCGCUGUAUCGGGUAAUGACAGCCACAGUCUUUAAUUUUUCUCAUAACUUGCAGAAAGGAGUUGUCCCUAGGUCUUUUAUUACAUUUAACAAAAAGGCUUCAUGUUGCCAUGUGUAUGUUUGGUAAUAGAUCACAGAAGACAUCAAAAUGUGGUGAGGAAAAACAAGAGGCACAAGAGGUGCCACCGUGUAAUAAAUUUUUAAAUAAAUUAAUAUUAAUUAUUUUUAAUAAAUUAAAUUUUUUUUUCUUUCUCAUAUAAUCACCAGCGGUUGGAGCAGAUUAUGGAAAGCCUUGCAGUGACAUCUACCCCGGAGAGCGGCCAUUUUCCGAACCCGAAACACACAACUUAGCCACGUAUAUGUACUCCAUAAGAGACCGCAUCAAAGCUUAUGUGGACUUCCAUUCCUAUGGACAAUUGUGGAUGUCUCCUUGGGGCUUCAAAAAGGAUUUCCCUCCAACGUAUCAUACUAUGAACGUAAGUUUACAAUAUACUAAGGCCAACCCAAUAAAAAGGCUUGUCUACUAUCGCCUGCCCAACCCAAAAAUUAAGAUUAUACUUUCUAACAAGUCAAAUAUAAAUUCAAACUAAGUUCAUCCUCUCGAUUUAAAAUAGAUUUGAUCAGACCUUAUGAUUCAGAUGGCGAAAACGCCGUGAAUCUAAAGAGGCUACAAGGCACGUGGCGAUGCAGAAGGAUGUAACACUCUUUUUGACCCCCUCUCUCUCGCCCCUCGUUCCUCUUUAAAACAUUCUAGUUUAGUACUGGGAAUUCUGUACAAGUUCAAACUACUUGUUCAUGAAUAUGUUGUCUUCGUUUUUUCUAUUCAGCGGAACGCAAUGAUACGCAUUGUACUAGCUAUAUACAUGACCCACAGGACAGUCUUUGGGUUUGGACCGGCAGCUGUUGUUAUCUGUAAGUAUUCAUUUGCACAUAUCCUUCAUCCUUAAAUUCGAAAUGACUGGUUCCGAGAGAAACAGCUCAUUUUGUCCACAAAAAAAAAAAAAAAAAAAAAAAAACUAACCGGCCGCAGUUACGUUCUUAUCGCGUAUAUUGACGGUCAACAAAUCGACAUUCCCUGGUAAGAGUGCAAUUUUACCCUCUGACGUCAUGGAUUUUGCGAUGCUGCCCACUCGGAGACUUUUAGCGGGAAUAAUUUUCAGUGCAAUAUGUCAUGUGAUAACACUUUACGUCGAUCAUAUCUAAGAUUACGCGUAGACCGUAGCCACUGUAUUUUUCGCGUAUCCUUUACCACCUAACAUCAGUAUCCAGAUUCUCCAUACUACUCACUACACAUUCCCCAAGGUGUUAACAAAGAGAAUUUGUUUGAUAAUCAGGAGCUCCUUUCGUUGAUUAUCAUUUCCUUUAUUCUCAUGACCUUAAUGUUUGAUUUAGGGGUUAUAUUGUUGGGAGAAAUUAGAUGCUAGUCAUUCUUAAGGGUUAAAGGGUUAAGUACCUUUACAGGCGUGCUGGAUGUAGAUGUAGACACCUUUAGCAGUUAUUCGAUAUCUUAUCUGCCAUUUUUUAUUUUUGAAAUAAGUUAUACAUGGUUAUUAUUUUUUUUUUUUUAUUAAUAGAUAAGACUUCAGGUGAUGCAACCGACUGGGUGUACGCUGUUUUGGGUGUCACGCAUUCCUACGGAGUUGAGUUGCAACCAUCAAUCUUUUCUCAGAAUGGAUUCGUUCUUCCCCCUUCAUACAUUGAACCUGUUGGGAAGGAGGUGCUCACUGGAAUGAAGACCUUGGCUUCCCUUGUAAGAUAGAAAACAUGGCGAAGAGACCAAUAACUAUUCUAAAAAAUAUUAUUCAUAUUCAGGGAGUAUAAAUAACAAGCAAAGCUAUAUUGGUAAAAAUUUAUUAAUUAUGGAAAAUAACGCUACAACUAUUAUCAACAUUUUAGUCUUUGUUUUUGUGUGAGGAAGCGUUUUUCCCGGUUGGACAGUGUUGCAAAUUCAUCUCUUUUGCUAAACUCUACAAGAUCGUGAUUUCAGUCCCAAAAACAAACCCAAAAACAUCGUAACUUCUUAUAGUGAAAUCGCAAGGAUUUGAUGGGAACUCAAAAUAAUUACCUAUUUCUCCCGUCAAGUACCGUAAAACGCUGUGCAAUCGGUGGAACGCCGUAAAACGCGAUAAAUCGCGGUAAAACACAAUGAAACACGGUAGAACGCGUCAAGUUGUAGCCUAGUUUCGAUUGGUCAGUUUAAGUUUUGCGUCUGAUUGGUCAGUGAAAAGCUGGCACGAGUUUCCUGAACCAAUCGUGAAGCGAAGACAGGUAAAACUCAUGCUAUAGCAAAAUAAUUUUUGGGUUGCUAACUUCAAGUUGCGUAUAAGGCUUCAGAAAAUUAUUUACAACACGCGGAGAUAUAUCUGGAAAUUUUUUCCCAUACUAUUUUUAGGCAGCACUCGUAAAAGUGUGGUAGUCUCGAUCGACAAAAAUUUUGAUUUUUCGAAAUAAAGACAUAAUUUUGAAUCACCUAAUUGCAUUUUUGCGACUGAAACAGUAAAUGGCCGACAGAUAUUACCAUAAAAAUUUCCCCAGCUUAGGGCUGAUGUAGAUCGCCAGUGCAACAAAAAUACUUUGGUUUAAUUUACUGCCACCGACUUAAAGAGGAGUCUAUUUCAGCGCAAACAACGAAUUAACAUAUAAAGACAUUGCUGAGUAUGCAAAGCCGAGAAGCCUGUUUUAAACAUUCCUUAUCAUCAUUCUGUAUUUUCCCAUCAAAAAAGGAAAUUAAAGAAAAGUUCCCAAGUGCACCUAUUCUGUUCAAAUGAGGAGUGAAUAAUUGUCGUACAGAAAAACGGGGUUUUUCGUUGUUCAUCUGUUCAAAGUCCUUCCAACAUUGAUUGUUCUUCGUGAAAUGUUUGCGGCCAAUCCUAAACUGUCAUAUUUUUAAAACGCAUUUUAUUUCUUUUAUGCUUUUGCGACAAACUAUUUCACGCAAAUUUCUACGUAUGUGUAAUCAGUCGCGGAGAAUGCUUUUUUCUAAUGGGUUUGUCGGGCUAUUUGUUGGAUUUUGCAUUUAAACAGUACUUAACAAAAAAAACACAAUCCAUUGCCUUCGCUUAUUCAGUUGAUUGGUAACUCAACUGAGGCAACAAAGCUGUCUCAAUAGUGUUUGGAGUCGUAAUUACUAAAUUGCGAUUCUCCUGUAAGAUCUUGAAGGGAAUAGUACAUGUGCAUAG